AUGUCUGACUCAAGGGCAAGUACCACCGACGAGAAGGUGGCCGUCAACGACGAGAAAGGCACCACCGCGCAUCACAAGAACUCCAGCAAAGGCUUUUUUUCUCGCAGAAAAUCCCAACUUCCUGUUGACGAAAAGGAUGAGAAGGAAAAGAAUGGCGAUGUAACUACGGAGGUGACGCCAGCAGAACGCGAAGUACCUCCCAUAUCCUUCACGCAACUAUUCCGUUUUUCGACACCGUUCGAACUCUUCAUUGACGCCAUUGGUAUUGUUGCGGCCAUGGCGGCUGGUGCAGCCCAGCCUCUCAUGUCACUUUUGUUUGGUAACUUGACCCAAGGCUUUGUAACAUUUUCAUCGGUCCUUCUUCGGGCGAAGAAUGGGGAUCCGACUGCAGAGGCCGACAUACCAGCCGCCGCCGCCGCCUUCCGCCACGACGCCGCCAAAGAUGCACUUUAUCUUGUAUUUAUUGGUGUUGGCAUGUUUGUUUGCACGUACACGUACAUGUAUAUCUGGGUUUACACGGGCGAAGUUAACGCCAAACGUAUUCGAGAACGCUACUUGAAAGCCAUCCUGCGACAAGAUAUCGCAUUCUUUGAUAAAGUUGGAGCAGGCGAGGUUGCCACGCGAAUUCAAACGGACACCCAUCUGGUGCAACAGGGUAUCUCUGAAAAGGUUGCCCUUGUUUCCAAUUUUCUUGCCGCUUUCGUUACCGGUUUCGUCCUUGCAUAUAUCCGCUCAUGGCGACUCGCCCUUGCUAUGUCAUCAAUUUUGCCUUGCAUCGCGAUCACGGGUGGAGUGAUGAACAAGUUUGUUUCUAUGUAUAUGCAGUUGUCCCUCAAGCACGUUGCUGCCGCGGGAAGUUUAGCAGAAGAAGUUAUUUCCACUGUACGCACAGCUCAAGCUUUUGGUACACAAGAGAAGCUCUCGGUGUUAUACGACGCUGAAAUUGCACAAUCCCUUGCUGUCGAUCUGAAAGCCGCAGUUUGGCAUGGCGGAGGUCUUGCCACCUUCUUUUUCGUAAUUUAUUCUGCAUACGCCCUUGCAUUUAGCUUCGGUACAACCCUAAUCAACCAGGGCCAUGCAACUGCUGGAGCUGUUGUCAAUGUGUUCCUAGCAAUUCUUAUUGGCUCGUUCUCCCUGGCUCUUCUUGCUCCGGAAAUGCAAGCUGUAACUCACGGCCGUGGAGCAGCCGGCAAGCUGUAUGAGACCAUUGAUCGUAUUCCCGACAUCGAUUCAGCUAAUCCUGACGGUCUUAAACCUGAGAAUGUUCACGGUGAAAUUGUUCUCGAGGAUGUCAAAUUCAGCUAUCCCUCUCGUCCAGAUGUCCAGGUUGUGAAAGGAUUGUCUCUGAGGUUCCACGCAGGCAAAACCGCGGCUUUGGUUGGCGCUUCAGGUUCCGGAAAGUCCACCAUCGUUUCUUUGGUUGAACGGUUCUACGAUCCUACAUCGGGCGUCGUGAAGCUAGACGGUCUUGAUUUGAAGGACCUCAAUGUGAAGUGGCUGCGAUCUCAAAUCGGCCUCGUUUCUCAAGAACCAACCCUGUUUGCUACGACCAUCAAGGGGAAUGUCGCCCACGGGCUUAUUGGCACGAAGUUCGAACAUGCACCUGAAGAGGAAAAGUUCGCUCUGAUCAAGGAAGCUUGCAUCAAGGCUAACGCAGAUGGGUUUGUUACCAAGCUUCCCUUGGGUUAUGACACCAUGGUAGGCGAGCGCGGAUUCUUAUUGUCCGGCGGACAGAAGCAGCGUAUUGCCAUCGCUCGGGCCAUCGUCUCGGACCCUAGGAUUUUGCUCCUCGACGAGGCGACUAGUGCUUUGGACACACAGUCGGAAGGCAUUGUACAGGAUGCUCUGGAUAAGGCCGCAGCCGGUCGAACUACUAUCACCAUCGCUCAUCGACUGUCUACCAUUAAGGAUGCUGACGUCAUUUUCGUCAUGGGCGAUGGACUCGUCUUGGAACAAGGCACACACAACGAACUCCUCCAGGCAGACGGUGCCUAUGCGCGUCUCGUUCAGGCUCAGAAGCUGCGAGAACAACGCCCGGUUCUUUCUGACGACGAUAGCGCCACUUCCGUCGAUGAAGCUGAGGAUAUGGAGAAGCUGGCGCGGGAGGAGGUCCCACUUGGUCGCAAAAACACAGGCCGUUCCCUCGCGAGCGACAUUUUGGAACAGAAACGUCAAGCCGCAGCUGGCGAGAAAGAGAAGGGCGACUUGAGCCUGUUCACUCUUUUCAUCCGCAUGGGAAAGCUCAUCAGGGCGCAAUGGAAAAAUUACAUCUUUGGUGCUGUCUUCGCUUCCAUGACCGGCAUGGUGUACCCGGCUUUCGGUGUUGUCUAUGCCAAGGGUAUCACGGCGUUCUCACAAACCGACCCCCAUGAGCGUCGCGUCUUGGGCGACCGUAAUGCACUUUGGUUCUUUGUUAUUGCCAUCCUUUCAAUGUGUGCGAUUGGACUCCAAAACUUCCUUUUCGCCUCAGCGGCUGCGAAUUUGACAGCGAAGCUCCGUUCAUUAUCUUUCAAAGCUAUCUUGAGGCAAGACAUUGAAUUCUUCGAUCAGGAUGAAAAUAGCACGGGAGGUUUGACUGCGGACUUGAGCGACAAUCCUCAAAAAGUCAAUGGGCUUGCUGGUGUCACUUUGGGAGCCAUUGUGCAAAGUAUUUCGACUCUUAUCACUGGCUCAAUAAUCGGUCUUGUGUUCAUCUGGAAGGUGGCCCUCGUCGCCAUUGCGUGCAGCCCUCUGCUUGUUUCGGCUGGAUAUAUUCGUCUGCGUAUCGUCGUACUCAAAGAUCAGGCUAACAAGAAAUCGCACGCAGCAUCUGCUCAUUUGGCUUGCGAAGCAGCUGGAUCUAUCCGCACUGUCGCUUCGUUGACACGGGAAGAGGACUGCUUAAAGCAAUAUAGCGAAAGCUUGGAGCUUCCCUUGAGAAACUCUAACAGAACUGCUAUCUGGAGCAACAUGUUGUUUGCAUUCUCCCAGUCCCUCGUCUUCUUCGUUAUCGCCCUUGUCUUCUGGUUUGGCUCCACUCUUGUGUCGAAACUUGAAGCCAGCACGUUCCAGUUCUUCGUCGGGCUCAUGAGCACAACUUUUGGCGCUAUCCAGGCCGGAAACGUGUUCUCCUUCGUACCUGACAUGUCGUCGGCGAAAGGUGCUGGUUCAAACAUCAUCAAACUGCUCGAUUCCACUCCAGAGAUCGAUGCGGAGUCGGACGCCGGCAAGAAGGUUGACCCUAACAGUUGCAAGGGGCACAUCCGUUUCGAGGGUGUUCACUUCCGCUACCCCACGAGACCUGCUGUUCGCGUCCUUCGUGAGUUAUCCCUGGAAGUUGAGCCUGGAACGUACAUCGCCCUUGUCGGAGCCAGCGGGUCGGGUAAAAGUACAGUUAUUCAAUUGAUCGAGCGAUUUUACGAUACCUUGGCUGGCGACAUUUAUCUUGAUGGCGAACGCAUCACGGAUUUGAACAUCCAAGAGUACCGCAAACAGCUGGCUCUGGUGUCUCAAGAACCCACUCUCUACGCUGGAACUGUCCGCUUCAACAUUUUGCUUGGGGCUAUCAAGCCUGAGUCGGAAGUCACGCAAGAGGAAAUCGAAAAUGCUUGCCGAGAUGCCAACAUCCUGGAAUUCAUUCAAUCGUUGCCACAAGGCUUCGACACCGAAGUCGGUGGCAAGGGAUCCCAGUUAUCCGGUGGACAGAAACAACGUAUUGCUAUCGCCCGUGCCCUGCUGCGGAACCCUAAAGUUCUUCUACUGGAUGAGGCUACUUCCGCGCUGGAUUCAAAUUCCGAGAAGGUGGUGCAAGCCGCCCUCGAUCAGGCGGCUAAGGGCAGGACGACAAUCGCGAUUGCCCAUCGAUUGUCAACGAUUCAAAAUGCAGAUCGCAUUUACUUCAUCAAGGAGGGACGGGUGAGCGAGUCCGGAACACACGACCAGCUGUUGGCGAAACGUGGCGAUUAUUACGAGUUCGUGCAACUGCAAGCCCUCAGCAAACGCGAAUAA